GGAGGAGGAAAAAACGCUGACGCAUUUCACUCUCUCUUGCUCACUCUCCCUCUCUCUCGGCAAGCCGCAGCCUGUGUAAAGUCAAGAUUUUCCCUUUAUAAGAAGCGGGCAAAGUUGGACAUGCACUAUGCUGAAACCAAGGGGAACAGAACAGACUGACAGAGAGAACACCAGUUUAUUUAUAGGAGGGAGAGAGAGAGAGAGAGAGAAAGAGAGAGAGAGAGAGGGAGAGAAUGGCAACCUGAUUUACUAAGAUACAGUGAUCUCUUAGGCAAAGCCACAGUUGGGAGAAACUGAUAGAGGGAGAAACAGAAGACAGAGUGUGCAAAGACAGAGGAAGAGAGAGAGAAGGAGAAAAAGAAAAAGAUCCUACACUGUCUGGCUGUGGCCUUUUGAAUUUACCUGGUUUAAUUUCCUUCACAUUUCCUUCAGAAGGCCAUCUGGAUCACAGUGCCUUAAGCAGUAACACUGACGUGGUAGUGGUGUGUUAGUGUGUGUUGUGCUGAUACGAGUGGAUCAGACACAGCAGUGCUGCUGGAGUGGCUUUCCCAAUAAUGUCAGGAAAUGCCACCGGCUCUGAUAACUCUGGGAACCUCCAGAGCAUCUCCUUCAUCAUCGGCACCUUCAUCCUGGUCAUCGUCUUCCUCCUGGGAGUCCCGGGGAACCUCUUCAUCAUCUGGAGCAUCCUGGCCCGCGCCCGUAAGCGCUCGGUCACCACCCUGCUGAUCCUGAACCUGGCCUGCGCUGAUGGCACCAUCAUGUGCCUCAACGUGUUCUUCUUGGUCUACCUGGCCCAGCAGUCGUGGGUGUUCGGCCAAGUGAUGUGCAAGCUGCUCUUCUACCUUUGCAACACCAACAUGUACGCCUCCAUCAUGCUGAUCAUGCUGAUGAGCCUGAACAGGUUGGUGGCCGUGCGGUGGCCUCACCGCGUCCACUCCCUCACCCGCCGGAGGAUCGUCCUGGCCGUCCUUGCGGCAAUGUGGCUGCUGGUCUUCAUUCUGGCUCUGCCGGCUUUAAUCUUCAGGAGUGAACAAAAUAACAUUACACAGCGCUUGGUCUGUGAUUACAACCAUGCGGUUUCCGAAUAUGUGGUGUUCCACUUUACCACCGAGACGGUGAUGAGCUUCCUGCUUCCGUAUGGAGUAAUUCUGGGCAGCUACAUCUGUAUCCUCCGACGCCUCAGACAGACCAAGUUCAGGAGGAGAGUCCGCAGUGAGAAACUGAUCCUGGCCAUCGUGGUCACCUUCGCUGUGUUCUGGCUGCCCUACCACGUUGUUAACGUUAUACAGGUGGUGGCUGCGUGUGCACCAAAGGAGUCUGAGCUCAAGAACACGCUGGAAAAAAUUUCCAAGUCCAUCCGUCCGGUGACCUCUGCCUUCGCCUUCAUCAGCAGCAGUGCUAACCCUGUGCUCUACACGUUCGCUGGACGUUCCUACAUCAAAGCUGACGGCCUGGCUUUUAUGGCUCGGCUCUUUGAGGGCACAGCUUUGGACUCUAAUGGCAGGAAGACUGAGCGCGGAGGUCGAGAGCGAAUGGCUCUGGGGCUGAAAAACUCAGAUACUUCAAACAGUGCUGUAAUCAAAACAUAAAGAACAGCACAGGGACAGCGUUGGGGUCACUGGAAAGCGCGCAUCCAAAAUAUCGACUGCAGGACCAAGGCAGCAUGCAAAGGGUAAAUAAAAUCCACAUUGUUGGGCGCUCACCAAAAUAUAGCCUAACAUUAUAUAUGUUAGGAUCCUAUAGGAACUUUCUCUAUGAGAAAAAUGAACGGUCAAAAAUGGUCAAAAAAUCACUGCCCUGUGGUUAACAACACUGCACUCUCAGAAAUAAAGGUACUACACUGUCUCUGGGUCAGUGCUCCUCUUGUCACUGGGGUGAAACCUUCAAGGGUUCAUCUCAGUACCUUUAGCAUC